CACCGACACCGGCACCGGCACCGAGCGCAGCCCCGCACGGAAUUUGGGCACUGCAGGACACAGGAUGCCGUCGCAGCUGGAGCACGCCAUGGAGACGCUGAUGUUCACCUUCCACAAGUACGCGGGGGACAAGGAGCACCUGGCCAAGGAGGACCUCCGGGCACUCAUGGACAAGGAAUUCCCGGGAUUCCUCGAGAACCAGCGGGACCCGCAGGCGCUGGAGCGGAUCCUGCGGGAUGUGGAGCAGAGCCGCGAUGGCCGCGUUGGCUUCCAGGGCUUCUUCUCGCUGGUGGCCGGGCUGACCAUCGCCUGCAACGACUACUUCGUGCUGCACAUGAAACAGCGCGGCCGCCGCUGAGGGGACCCCCCCGGGGAGCCCCCCGCCCACCCAGGGGUGCCCCCCACCCAUCCAGGGGAGCCCCCCACCCACCCCGGGGUGCCACCCCAAACCCGCCUCGGAUCCUUUCCCCAAAUCCUAAAUGUGUGCCCCGAUCCCUGCCUUGGGGUUCUGACCCUUCCUCUUGAACCUUUGAGCCCCCCCGGGGGGGAUUGAGACCCCCCCACCCAUCCGUGG